AUCAUGUACGAAUUAAUUUAUAAUCAUACGUUGUAACUAAAGUUCCUUUAAUAUUUUUAAACCUGCAUGUGUUUGUGUAGUUUACAAAUAGAUUUGAAUUUUUAGCGCGUUUCGUUAUCGUUCAUUGUCGCUAUAAUCACAAACUGCAAAUGGCCACGGGUACAAUUCACGUAGUCUCAGAAAUGCGAUAUCAAGCGGGAUCUUAUUUUGUAUGCAAAAUAGCAUCGUCAACGAUGAUAGGGCAAUAGUGAUCAUUGCUACGAGUAUAUUUCUAUAAAAGGAAAGUUACUCGCGAUUUUCUUAAGGUCGCGCAAUUAAGUUUUCCGCGGGAAAACAAUGUCUGGAUAUCGAAGAGUGAAUUAUUACGAACUGUGCAGAUUGUGUACUAGCAGUGAGGGAAAUAAAAUGAACAUUUUCCGGGAGGAAGGUCGUAGACGGCAACUUCAAACAAAGAUUCAAACAUGUUUACCGAUACAGGUUCUUGAAGAGGAUUCUUUGCCAAAAAUUGUUUGCCAUGAGUGUGUAAAGAAAUUGGAAAAUUUCAUUGAGUUUAGAGAAACUGUUGUUAAUGCAGAAGGUAUGCUAGAAUCAUAUUUUACUUCAUUAAGAUUCUCUGAAGAUUUCCUAAAAGAGGGUAAGGUUUACGUAAAGAGUACAGAGAAAGAUAGAUCUGCAACACCUGACAAUGAAAUGUUAAAGUCCAUGGAAAAGGUAACAUCCUCUGCAGGAAAUCAACUAGUUAAUAAUGAUCAACAAAUACAGCAUCAGCAACCUGUUGUUGUUAGCAACAUAAAUACUUCAAAUAUUCAAAUUAUCAGUGGAGUUCAAGCUAGAGUUCAACAAUAUAAAUGUGCUAUGCAGAUGCAACCUGGGGGUAUGGCAGCUGCCGUAGUAGAAGCAACUGCAGAAACACACUAUAGUUAUCAGCAACAAACCUCGCAGCAAGUAUCGCCUCAACAAUCAAAUGAAACACAAAAUCAAAUAAAUGAUCAACAAAGUCCAAACUCACAAAUUCAACAAGUGCAAAGUCAAAUUCAAAAUCAUAAUCCUAUAAAUCAACAAAUACAACCACAAAGACAAAUAUCUCAGCAACCGAAUCAAACACAGGUUAGUCAGCAGCAGCAGCAACAGCCACAAAAUCAAUCACAAAUAACACAACAGAUUCAACAGUUACAAAGACAGCAAAGAGAGUACGAAAAGCAACACAGACAGCUUCAACAAAUUGAAAAGCAACAAGUACAGAUUUCCUCGCAACAAGAAUUUCCUGUAAAGCAAGAAUCUCAAACUCAAGUAGUACAUCAAAAUAAUAAUAUUGUUUUAAAGGCAGAUUCGAAUCCUAAACAAAAUCAGCAAAUUAUCCAAAAAGUACAAUCUGAAACUCAAAAAGAUGAAGGUACAGUGCAAAACGUACAAAACGUACAAAAUUAUACGACCGUACAAGGCGCGCCAGAAGUAUUUUUAAAUUUGGGAUUUAAAGACACACCUUUAGUUACACAAACUGUUCGAGAGGAGGGAAAGGAAUUUAAAGAUUAUAACAAAUCAGACGAUUCAAUGUCUCGUAACUCGAUCGGGCAGAUAUCAGAGUUUCUGAGAAUUAAAUCAGGACCUGAACCGACCUCGUUAAUCACAGUGAAUCCUCAAGUUAUAUCGCAAACUCAUAGGGAUAGUACUUGUAAGGGUUGUGGUAAAAUUUUCUCCUCUAUAAGUCAACUGAAUAGUCACAGUUGCUCUGUUCAAAAUCUUUUAAGUGAAACAUCUGACGGUAGUGCUAUCAAAGAAGAUAAUUUACAAACUAGUACCAAUUCCUUCAGUUGUGACGUUUGUGGUAAACCGUUUAAGCGGAAAGAACAUCUUUACCAGCAUAGAAAAUUACAUACCGGUGAACGUCCUUAUGUGUGUACUACAUGUACUAAAGCAUUUAGUCGCAAAGAACAUUUAGUUAGACACUCUGUGUCGCAUACAGGCGAAAAGAUGCAUGACUGUGAAAUGUGCGGUAAAAGCUUCUCUCGUAAGGACAAUCUUCACAAACAUCGUAAAACGCAUGGUGUAUCUGGCCCGUAUAUUUGUGAAGUUUGUGGGAAAUCAUUUGUGGUCAAGCAUUAUUAUUCGAUGCAUUUAGCAGCUCAUGCAUCGUCGGCUAUCGCGGAUGAUGUAAAUUGUCAGGUUCCGUUACCAUUCAAGUGUGAUAUCUGUCACAAGGGAUUCUCUGUAAAACAAAGUCUCGACACUCACAAGCUUCGGCAUAGACCUAAGAAUAGGAAUAAUAAUAAUCCUGCCCAGAAUGCUGCGAAUGGCCAUCAACCACAGCAACAGCAGCAGCAGCAGCAGCAACAACAGUCACAACAACAGCAACAGACGCAACAAUCUAAUACUACAAACAAUGUUAACAUAGUUGCUAAUUCUGGAAAUUUAAAUAGUACCAAUGGACAACCUAAUAGUGGAUCAACGGUUGAAAUGCAAAGUGUUAUUGAAAGAAAUGAACAAUCAAAUGGUUCAUUCAAUAACCAAUAUCAUAGUAAUAUGCAAGAGUUUCAAUGAGAUAAGGGGAAGCGUGUCUAUUAUGUUCUCUUGCCGAAUGGUAACAAUCAUAAGAUUGUCGUUGUGUGAGCAAGAGAAAUUUUACGACGCGCCAAAAUAUUUUCUUAACUAAAUCUGUUGUUACUCGAGAAAAAGAUUUUUUAUACUUUAAUAAUAGUAACAAUAAUAAAUUUAAAUACUAUUAUUUCGAACAAGUUAAAGGUUGAAUAACUCAUCGUUCAUUUGAUCAACAAAGUAGAAUCUUCAAUGGCUUAUGAGCUUAAUACGGAACAUAUUGUAUAUAUAUUUUGCCAGUAAAGUAUUACAUGUAUUAAAUGCAUGCUAUGUUUUAUAUGAAUGCACACUGUAAUUUAACGUUAAAAAAGAAAAGUUGUGUGCUACAAAAUUUCAAUGUACAGUAGAUAGUCAUGAGGUUGUUUCAAUACCUGAUUGGAUAGUGUCUGUAGAUAAGUACGUUUUUAAAUAAUUGUUAAAUGAUAGAAAAUAUUAUAAGAAACAAAUAUUUUUUUUUAUAUAAAAUUUGAUAGUACAACAAAAAUAUUGUAAAAGGAAAUCAAAGAAAUGACAGAAAAUGAUUUUUAUUACUAACAAAUUUUUCAUGUAUUCUAUCGUUUAUAAAUUAUUUAAAGCAACGCUUAUCUAGGGACACCUUAAAUGUAUUUAAUCAUUGAAUAUCAGAUCAAUAUGUAAU